GAAUGGAGGAAAUCACAACGAGGCCUGUUGAAGACACAGGAAACAUUCUGAAGCAAGGAUAUCUGGAGAAGAGGUCCAGAGACCACAGCUUUUUUGGGUCGGAGUGGCAGAAGAGGUGGUGUGUCCUCCACAGAAAGACCUUUUACUACUAUGCCAAUGAGAAAAGCAAGCAACCUAAAGGCACCUUCUCCAUUGAGCACUAUAGCGCCCGGCUGGCUUUCCAUCUCCGCAAAGACUCACGCAGAAGAUGCUGUUUUGAAUUAGUCUGCCCUGGGAAACGCACCUAUGAGUUCACAGCCCCAAGUCCAGCAGAGGCUGAAGAUUGGGUGGAUCAGAUCCAGUUCCUCCUGAAGGAUCUGAGCUCCCUCACUAUCCCAUACGAUGAGGAGGAGGAAGAGCUCUACAAUGACGUGGGGAGCUCUGACUCCGUGACCACAGCAUCUCACAACACUACCCUGAAUCAAGAUGACGGGAUGGAAGAAGAUGACAUCUACGAGGUUUUUCCAGAGAAGGACCCCAAUGUUCCUGAGGACAGCGAGGACGACGGCAGCGGGCAGCACCGCGGAAGGGAUUUUGCCAAUUACUACCAAGGCGUGUGGGACUGCAGCGGUGAGCACCCCAACGAGCUCUCCUUCCACCGCGGGGACCUCAUCUACAUCCUGAGCAAGGAGUACAACAUGUAUGGCUGGUGGGUCGGGGAGCUCAACAGCACCGUCGGGAUCGUCCCCAAGGAUUACCUGGCAGCUGCUUAUGAGCUGGAGGAACGGCGCUCACCCCUCCCCUUGCCCACGCUGAGAUGCCAAAAGGACCCUGCCCAGCCUUGAGAACCCGUUACAAGAAGAGCUUUGCGUGCCACCACCCGCUGCUCCGGACUCUGCACACCCCUCGGUACUCGGGCAUCAUCAGCCCCCCCCGUCCCCCCCCAUGGGCCGGGGGUCCGCAAUAAACUCGCUCCCCCCCCCGC